UGCAAAGACUUCAAAUGCGCCGAAGGUGCCAUUGAUUGUUGCUGUCAUCGCACAUUGUUCAAUCAACCUGACUUUCAGAACAUCAAAUCACAUCUCGAAGAACUCAUCACUGCCCAUGGACAUCUGUGUGACUUCUAUCCCAAAUUCCACUGCGAGCUCAAUUUUAUUGAGCAAUAUUGGGGUGCUGUCAAGCUUCUGUAUCGCUCGGGUCCUCGGGUCCACAAGAUGGAAGAUAUGGAAAAGCAUGUCAGUGCAUGUCUUGAUGAUAUUCCGUUAUUGCAGAUCCGAAGGUAUGCAAAUCAUUCCGCAAGGUUCAUGGAUGCAUAUACCAAGGGUCUUACAGGGCCACAGGCAGUUUGGGUGAUGAGGAAAUAUCACGGACAUUGA